AUGGGCCAAACAGAGCCAGAGCCAGAACCAAACGCAGAAAUGGCCUUAUCGGCAGUGACCAAGAGAACAUAUACCGAUGCAAUCAAUGCCCUCAACUCGUUACAGUCGAAUUUCGCUUCGAUUGAAGCAUUGAAAAAAUUAGGCGCCAAUGUCAACCGCAACGAGCUUCUGAUCAACGAAGUUCGAGAGUUUACUCGCAGAAUGGGGUACACCCCACUGGAGUUCAAUAGAUUGAACAUCAUCCAUGUCACCGGCACCAAAGGCAAAGGCUCGACUUGCGCCUUUACUGAAAGUAUCUUGAGGCAAUAUCAGCCAGCCGCCAUCACGAAAUUGGGCUUGUACACUUCACCGCAUUUGAAGUCGGUGCGGGAGCGCAUUAGAAUCAAUGGUGAGCCAAUAGCCAAGGACUUGUUCACCAAGUAUUUCUUUGAAGUCUGGGAUAGGCUAUCGGCAACGAAAUCCGACCCGGAGCUCUGGCCGAGCUUGCAGCCGUGCCAUGAAGUGAAGCCCAUGUACUUCAAAUACAUGACGGUGUUAUCGUAUCACGUGUUCUUGAGGGAGGGGGUCGACACCGCAAUAUAUGAAGUUGGCGUAGGUGGAACUUAUGACUCUACAAACAUCGUGGAAACCCCAACUGUGACGGGGAUCAGCGCCUUGGGGAUCGACCAUACUUUUAUGUUGGGCGAUACCAUCGAAAGCAUCACCGAUAAUAAGACUGGCAUUUUCAAGGCUGGUGUGCCGGCUUUUGUAAGCCAACAACGCGAAUACCCGCAAACCCAUCAGCAAAUUGAAGAACGAGCAAAAGAACUCGGUGCAUCAUCGUUGCAAUUUGUGCCAGCUGACGUGCCCGCCAACGGAGAUUUCAAAUUGGGACUCUCUGGCGAAUUCCAAAAGGAGAAUGCUUCGUUAGCGGUGAGGUUAGCCAAUGAACAUUUGAAGUCCCUCGGUCUUGCAGAUCAAGUUGAAUUUGACCGAGAGGGGAGGAUAAAAUCUUUGCCUCGCCAAUUUAUCCGUGGCUUGGAAAAUGUCAAUUGGCCCGGUAGAUGCCAGAUUAUAACGGGCAAGCCCGAGAACGUCACAUGGUAUGUCGAUGGCGCACAUACAUUGGAAUCAAUCAGCGCGUCCUCGACUUGGUUUAAACAUUGUCAACUCGAACUCCAAUCACAACCACAACCCACCAAAAGAGUGCUUUUUUUCAACCAACAGGGAAGAGACAACUACCAAGAGCUCUUGACUAGACUAUACACCGUGAUCUGCCAAGAACAACCCCAGAUUGCAUUCGACAAAGUCAUCUUCACGCCCAACAUCACCUGGUCCACGGGCCAAUACAACGCAGAAUUAUUAUCGAAAAACACCUCGCAGGACGCAGUUGAGAAAUUGGAGAUCCAGCACAACUUCAGUGCGUUAUGGGAAAAAUUGGAUGGCGGCAUAGCUGCGAGAUGCGUGUUUCCCGAUAUCGAAACUGCUAUGGACCAUUUGAAGCUGGAACCAUCCCAGCUCAGUGUGUUUGUAUGCGGCUCGCUACACUUGGUUGGUGGAUUCCUAGUGGUGCUCGAUGACGAACGUGAUUAG